CUCUGUAUCUCCAACACUUUCAUUCCCCCUCUUUCUCUCUCUUUCUUUCUCUCUCUCUCUCUCUCUCUUCAUUAUAUCAUUUUAUAGAGAACAACAUGGGUUUAGAAGAAAAUCAAUCACAACAGGCCAAUAAUAACGACAAGGAUAAAACAAAGCAGGAUAGAAAAAACAAUGAUAUCAAUGCAGCCAUCUCAACAGCAGCAGCAAUAGCAGCAAAAUCAAAAGACACUACAGAUACCCUUGAACUUGUUCAAAACAACCAUGGUGACAAUCAUCCUAUACCUUCUCUUUCUCCCGUACCUCACCAUGCUCCACCACAAGAUAGUUCGGAACUACUAUCACCUUGGUGGUCCGAAGAACCUCCCAACGACACAGAACCUGAAGGUAAAGCCGAAGAAGAAUUAACACAUUUCCUAGUCAGAUUUUCUCGCCAGGCUACCAAGAAUGGUGAUGAUUUAUGGAACGAAAGAUGUUACAUAUGGACCAAAGAACCUAGUCGACAAAAGGAAUCUAAUCUUGUCAAUGAAAUCAAGCAAAUAAACAAGGACGGACAAGCUUCUCCAAAAAAGACCUAUCCUAUGAAUUCACAAUGUACCAUGGUUUGUCUCUUUCGUGAAAGUCAAGCACGAAGAAAGAAGAAAUUGGUCGAUAUGAAUCUUUCUUCUAGUUGGAAUCCUUUUUAUGGUAAUUGGCUAGUCGUCUCCAAUACUCGGUCUGGCUUUACUGAACAUCUUCAUGAAACGGAUAUUACUAAAGCAAAUAGUCCUGACUAUUAUACUGUGGAAUUAGGUGAACGUUUUGGUAGAACUGGAGAAGAUGUGGCCAAGUUUAUGAAAAAGACAUUUAGUCCAGUGCAAGAAUUAGGUCGACGUUACAUUGAAUCAUGGAAAGAUGGGACUCAAGUUGGAUUCUUUACAAGGUUUUUGGAAAGUGCCAAACGAGGAGAUGCCUUCUUUUUGUUACGUGAUAGUGCUCGCAGAAUUGUUGAAAAUAUGGCUAAUGACGAAAAGAAAAAGGAUGAUGAUGAUCAUAAACGAUGAUUUUAUUUAUGUAGUAUUAGUUAUUUAUACCAACAAUAAACAUUUGAUGUAUGAU